GAGCGCUGGGGAGCGCGGGCGGAGUGGUGCUGGCUGCGAGCGGCGGCCGCAGUUCGCGCGCGCUCGUCGCGAGCGUCGGACGUGUCGCGAGUGUGUCACACUACGCUUCGCCCGAGUCCGCGCCGUGCGCAUAGUUGCGGAACCCACCAGUGAGUCAGCUGCUAGGACCUACCUCGCUAGUCGCCGCAAGCGCGUCCUAGGUGAACGGCGCUGGCUGCAUCGGGUUUAGUACGCGUGCGCAGCUUGUGUAACCACAUCCUUUUGCUGCCUCUAUAACGUUACCAAACCCGGUGUCAUAUGCGACGCAACGUGCGGUAUUGUCUGUACUUUGUACAAAUAAUGACACGCACACGUAUGUUGCAAUUUGGCACAAUGGUACUCCAUAGCUGUAACACAUAAAUCUGGGCAAAACGUUUACAAGUGAUCACCACUGCCCACCUAUUUAUUAUUAUCAUUUAUUUAUUUGAAAAAUUUUGCGACAAGUCGUAACUAAACAAAAAUACUACACAAUAGUGUGUAACGCACUGUUAAGCAAGUGUGUCGCGGAGUCACGACUCGAGUGCCGUAGAGCUGCGAGGAGUGGAUGAAGUGAGACGGGCGUCACAACGCCGAGAAGCCGCGCGGGCGAUGCUGUGCCGCGACCAUGAGGAAGUUCAUGAGGACGCGCGGCGCUGGCACGCCCGCGCCGCCGCCCGCACCAGCGCCUGCGCACAAAACAAACGGACAUGCCAACGGAGUGGGCGCGGCCGGCGACGACCACUCCUCCCUGACCAGGUACUGGAGCGGAUCGGAGUCAUUGCCUCCCGCGCGCCCCGUUUCCCUGUGGGAGGACCCGCAGUUUCCCCCCACAUGGCGUUCAAUCGGCGACAAGAAGCUGGCUACUGGCGUCCUGUGGCUGCGGCCCCAUGAGAUGUGCGCGCGGCCUACGUUUCGCGGCGAGCUGCCCCCCUCCGCCGCCGCCGCCGGCACCCCCGCGUCCGCAUCCGCUUCCGGCCCCGGGGACGACGACGAGCUGGACGAGCAGUUUGCCGUGAGGUGGAGCGUGCAGCCGGGCGGCGCGGGGGACGCGAGCGUGUGCUGCGCGGCGGCCGCGCUCGCGCUCACGCCGCGCCUGCUCGACCGCGUCGCGCCGCCGCAGACCUUCCGAUAUGACUACACCGGCGCUUUUCGGUUCAAGUUCUGGGUGUUCGGCACGUGGCGUGAGGUGACCGUAGACGACCGGCUGCCGACGCGGGGUGGCGUGCUGCUGUCCAGCCGCGGCGGGCUGCACGACGACUUCACUCUGCCGCUGCUGGAGAAGGCUUACGCUAAGUUGUACGGGUCGUACGCGGCGCUGCGGGCGGGCAGCGUGGCGCGCGCCCUGCAGGACCUGUCGGGCGGCGUCGUGCAGAGCUUCGCGCUCGCGCACCAGCCGCGCGCCCUCACCGCGCAGGUGCUGCACUCCGCCGUGCCGCGCUCCACGCUGCUCGUGGCCACGGCCGCCGCCGCCCCGCUCGUGCCGGGCCGCGCCUACUGCGUGUCGGGGCUGGCGCGCGUGCGCGCCGCGGGCGCGGCGGACGGCGCGCUGGUGCGCGUGCGCGCGGCGUGCGGCGGCGCGCGGUGGAGCGGCGCGUGGUCGCGCGGCAGUCCGGAGUGGCGCGCGCUGGCCCCGGCAGACCGCGAGGUGCUGUCGUGCCGCGCGGAGCGGCCCGGGGACUUCUGGAUGUCGCUGGCGGAGUUCUGCCGCGUGUUCGCGGCGCUGGUGCUGGUGCACGUGGGUCCGGACGACUGGCUGCGGGAGCCGGCGCUGCAGUCGCGGCGGCCGUGGCGCGCGGUGCUGGCGCGCCGGCGCUGGCGCCGCGGGUACAACGCCGGGGGACCGCCCUCUUGCACCGAGACGACGGGCACCAACCCGCAGUUCCACGUGCAGAUCCCCGGCGGCGCGCACAAGGUGCACGUGGUCGUGUCCGUCACGCAGCAGUACGCGCUCGGCGCGUGCGCGGCGGACCGGCUGCGCGCCGUCGGCUUCGCGGUGUACGCGCUGCCCGCCGGCGCCGCGCCGCGCCGCCCCGCGCACCACUCGCUGCACGGACUCCGUGCGCUGGACGUGACGCACGAGUGUCGCGCGCGCGAGGUGGUGACAUUCUUCACGCUGCCGCCCGGACAGUACCUGGUGGUGCCGCACACGAGGCGGCCUCACACCGACGCCGCCUUCCUGCUGCGCAUCCUCACCGAUCAUCAGACGCACGUGUGGGAGGUGAACGAGGAUAACCUGAUCGUGCACGACCUCGCCACCGAGUUCCCCGACGAGGAAGAGAGCGAAUCGUCGGAGGCGCGCGCGGCGGCCGCGGAGCUGCUCGGCGCGCACCACGGCGACGAGGUGGACGCGGUGGCGCUACGGGCGGCGCUGCGGCGCGUGUGGCGGCGCUGCCUGGCGGCGCGGCCGUCGCUGGAGCUGUGCCGCGCGCUGCUGCCGCUGCGGGACGCGCGCGUGCGCGGCUGCAUGCGCGCGACGGAGGUGCCGGCGCUGGUGGCGCUGCUGGCGCGGUGGCGCGGCGCGUUCGCGCGGGAGGCGGGGUGCGGCGGCGCGUGCUCGUCGUACCGGCUGCGCGCGCUGCUGUGGGCGGCGGGCGUGUCGGCGUCCAACAAGGUGCUGGAGUGCCUGGUGCUGCGGUUCGCGCGCCGCACGUCGCUGUCGGCGGAGGCGUUCGUGGUGGCGCUGGCGCGGCUGCACCUCGCGCACGAGAGAUAUCGCAGCUUGGACUCGAAAAUGAAAUCUAACCCGUUGUCAUUGGAAGAGAUGAUCCUGAUGACGAUCUACUCGUGACGUCUAUGUGACGAGGAAGCCAUCGGUGCCAGUGCUUCUAUACUCUACACGAUCCAUUGACACAUCUGUUACAACACUUACAAUGAGGCGAUGUGUUAUAACAAAUCAUUACGAAAAUAUUUUAGUGUUACAUUUGCUAGACAACCUAAACAAAUCAAAUAUUGUAUUUAUAUUACGAGUACAGUGUCACGUUAGCUACUCAUUAACAUGCUGUACAUAAUAUGUUUCAUAUUUUAUUAUAAUAUCUAUUAUUUAGAACUGACGGAAAUUAAAACUCACUUAUCGUUCUGCUCUGUGAACGCAUACAAAGAGAGGUGUACCUAGAGGAGGCUUAUUUAAUGAAUGUUUAUUGUAAGUAUGUUAUUAGUUGUCUAUGUUUACACAUGUUGCUUUAUGUUUAUAAUGAGUAUUCAGUCACUCGCUGUGACGAGUUGAGGCGCCAGUCGGUCGCGGCCGCCUCCUGUGCAAUAUUAACUACUCUAGUGUUGUAAUAAUAACUUUCGAUAACAUUAUUGGUGGGCCACUUUACAUAUUGUUUUUCUUAUUUUCUUGUAUUGCUUUGAAUGAUGAGACGAGCUUGCCAUUCGCUUGAUGGUAAGUGAUUUGGUUGUUUAUAAUCAGUAGAAACACCAUCUAACGCCUUGAAUUACACAGUAUUAUUUGGUAUUGCACUGCGCUCGCCAUCCUGAGACAUGAGAUGUUAAUCUUAUUAUGUCAAGUAACUACUGGACUUACUAGUGUAACUACACUGGCUAUAAUCUCCUUCAAACCGGUAGGCAACAGUGAGUACACACUGCUACCUGGCGGCAGAAAUAGACAUUGCGUUGGUUCCUACCCAGGCGGACUCUUACAUAUGAGAGGCUCGCAUCUUAACCGAACUGAAAUACAGUUUUGUUGUUAAAAGUAAAAUAAUUAAAAACUCAGCCAUAGUCUAACCAUAAUAGAAGUAUUUAACAAUAUUUUUCUGGGAAAUAGUACAUAAUAUAACUCACAAAAUUAUAUAACCUUAGGUAUGUAGUAAUAUAAAUAAAAUGUAUUUUUGGCUUGAAUAUAAACACAAAUCCGUUGUAUAUUUCGAUUGUGAUUUUUUUGUUUGAGAAACAAGUAGUGGGCUACGUUUGAGAAAGCAGUAAGUAGGCUAUCGGAUACUUUAUCUUUGUUUAGUGAAAUCUCCCGAAAAUAUAAUAUGAAAAGGCAGGAAAUAAUGAAAUUUACCUAUAAUUAUUCAACGUCUAACAUAUAAUGUUUACCAUGUUAUUGAUCAGUAAAAACAAUGUGUAGAUACAUAGGUACGUACUUAUUUUAAAUUUAUUUUAUUUUAAAAAGUGAACAUGUUAGAAACUACAACCCCUCCACUAUCACUUUAAAAAAUGCCAGUGCAUUUUGAUCUAAUCGCAAACGCAUAAACCCAUUUAAAGUUUUACGAGGAGCUUUGAAAACUGGUCUACGUCAGGAACCGGGCGGCUCUGUUCGGUCGCACUACCAUAGGCGUACUCAUGCCAAAUUCAAAUACAAAAUUGUUAAAUUGAUGCAUUUUCAAAAAGACAAGUAGCGCACGGACUAGAGUGUUUAUAAUGUUAUGUAUUUAGUUAUUUAUUCAUUUGUUUCCAAAGGACACUAAGUACUACAAAUAUUAUAUUAUAUAAUAGAUUAUAGAAUGUGGAUAAUAGUGGCGCCGACCGGCCGGGCUGGCUGGUGGUCGCGCCGCUGUCAGUUACCUAGCGCAUGUUAUGUGUUAUGAAAUUUUAAAUAUAAAAAUAAAAUACAGCAUACGUGA